ACUGUGCUAAUUUGAUAACAAUACAAUUGUUUGAUAACAUAAAAUUAAUUGAAACAGUCUCACAACGAGAUGUGUAAUUAUUAGUAACGUGCCAUUAACUGCAUUUCAAUUUAUACCCAUCGAAUUAUGCAUUUUAUGACAAGUUAAUAAGUUUAUUUGCAAUUGGACCAAAGAGUUAGUAAUUGAGUGCAAUGUCUCAUCCUCACAUACGAGAAGCAGCUGAAUCUCUCCUAAACAGUGUCACGUCCCCGCCUUAUAGAAUGAUGAAUCAUUCACAGUCCGUGAAUCUGAUGACCGAGGACCUAGUGGCGGGACACAGGCCCGCCGGGAAGAUGUCCUCGGUCAGAAGGUUCUUCUGUCUCUUCGUGACCUUCGAUUUAAUGUUCACAAGCCUCAUGUGGCUGAUUUGUGUUAUGGUUCGUAACGAGACGUUAGACCAAAUAUUGCAAAGAGAAAUUAUUAGUUAUAAUAUAAAACUAUCGUUAUUCGACAUAGUGGUGUUAGCUGUGAUAAGAUUUACAAUAUUAUUGUUGUUCUACGCUUUAUUAUAUAUCAACAAUUGGAGUGUGAUAGCUCUCUCGACAAGCGGCACUUGCGCCUUUUUAAUAGCGAAAGUGUUCGUAUUCGUUUGGUCCGAUGCGUCACAGCCCGUGUAUCAAGUGUUCCUUAUACUGACUUCGUUUACGUUGUCAUGGGGAGAGGCCUGGUUCUUGGACUUCAGGGUCUUACCGCAGGAGCUACACUGCAAGGAGAUACUAGAUUCCUUAGCUCAGCACAGCGUCUCCGAGCGCACGCCGCUACUGGACCCUCAGCCCGGUGUGAAUUCGACGUACGCAGAGUCCACGGUUAAAUGGUUCUCCCCGGUCGACACGCCGGAGUCGAGUCCACGGCCGCGAAGGUUCGGGGAGCAGGUCAUACUGACGCAGGAGCAGAUCGAUGAGUACAAGAGUCAGGCUAACGAGAGCAUGGCGAACGCUUGGCGCAUCAUCACGCUGCCAAACUGGACGGUGGAGAAGCGAGGGACCGUCAGGGGAGACGUCGUGGAGUCCAGGAAAGUUGAAGGCUUCGGCAAGGUCUAUAGAUUUACGGGUGUAGUCAACUGUCCCGCCAGGUUUCUAUACGAGGAGUUCAAGAACAACCUGACGAAGUUGCCCGAAUGGAAUCCGACGAUAUUGAAAUGCGAAAUAAUUAAGGAAAUCGGCGAUGGCGUGGACCUGUCGUACCAGGUGACGGCUGGCGGGGGACGAGGCAUAAUAACCCCUCGCGACUUCGUGAUCCUGCGCCGGAUCGCGCUACUCUCCCGGGAGGGACGCGUCGUCGACGAAAAUCCCCACGGAUACAUCAGUAGCGGAGUCAGCGUUCAAGUUCCCGGGUACCCGCCCCUCAAGGAGAUGGUUAGGGGACACAAUAAAGUCGGUUGCUGGUACCUACAGCCUCGGACUGUACAUACUGCUGGAGGAAAAAUCGAGGACCAGACCCUGUUCCAAUGGUUGAUGUGUUGUGAUCUCAAAGGUAAAAUACCUCAAUUCGUGUUGGACGUCGCUUUCGCCACUGUGAUGCUGGACUACAUCGUGCACGUCAGGAAGUUCGUGGCUGAAGCGAAGGCCAGAGCCGAAUUCUGACCUUGAAACGUCCAAAAGCUGCAUCUGCUUACACUGGUGGUAGGACCUCUUGUCAGUCUGCGCGGGUAGGUACC